AUGUGCAAUCAACCUCGACAAACAGUUGAUGUCAGUACACAAGCCAACAUUGACCAAGUGCUAACCAAACACCUUCACCUCAACUGGAAUGUUGAUUUUGAGAAUAAGAAUAUUCACGGCAGUGUUCGUCUCAAUUUGGUGAGCUUGGUCGACAAUGUGGAAAAGGUCAUUUUGGAUACAAGCUAUUUAGAUAUCAAAUCUGUCAUGUAUGGUAAAGACAGUUUGAAGUUUGACGUGGCCGAGAGAUAUGCUAGCUUAGGAUCUGCUUUAACUAUACAGAUACCUAAAAUUGACAAAGCUGGCACAAAUUUUCAGUUAAAGAUUGAUUAUGAAACCACUGAAAACUGUACAGCCGUUCAAUUCCUUACACCAGAACAGACAUUGGGUGGAAAGCAUCCUUAUUUAUUUUCACAAAGUGAACCAAUUCAUGGUCGUGCUAUGAUUCCUUGUCAAGACUCACCGUCUGUUAAGGUUACCUACUCAGCUUCUGUCAGAUCUCACUUACCCGUAGUUAUGUCUGCUUUGAGAACUGGUAUUGAUGAAGAUCCCGAUCAGGGAACAGGAUUCAAAACCUAUCAUUUCAAGCAAGAAACGUCUAUUCCCUCUUAUCUGAUCGCUAUUGCUGUGGGUAACUUGGUGGGACAAGAUAUUGGACCUCGAACCACAGUUUGGUGCGAACCUGAAAUGAUUAAGCAAGCUGCAUGGGAAUUCUCUGAUACCGAGUCAUUUAUUGCUACUGGUGAAAAACUAUUAACACCCUAUGAAUGGGGACGUUAUGAUCUACUUGUACUCCCCCCCUCUUUCCCUUAUGGUGGUAUGGAGAACCCAUGCCUUACUUUUGUGACACCUACCUUACUAGCAGGUGAUAAGAGUGCGGUGAAUGUCAUUGCUCAUGAAAUCUCUCAUAGUUGGAUGGGUAACCUGGUAACAACAAAUGCUUGGAAACAUUAUUGGUUGAAUGAGGGCUGGACAGUUUUUAUUGAACGCAAGAUUCUCGGCAGACUCUAUGGUGAACGUGUAAGGCAAUUUGAAGCACUUAGCGGUUGGAGGGCAUUACAGGAAAGUGUUGAAUUAUUUGGAAAGGAUUCACCAAAGACAGUACUUAAUCCUGAUCUUCGUAAUGGUGCAGAUCCUGACGACUUUUUUUCAAAAGUUCCUUACGGUAAAACUGCUUUAGAGCUAAAGCAUUCAUUUGCAGAAUUAGCCCACAAAAAGGGAUUCAACUUUUUAUAUCACAUUGAAAAGGUAGUGGGUGGACCCGAGAUUUUUGAGCCUUACAUGAAGGCUCAUGUACAGCGUUUUGCAUCCACUUCAAUUUCCACUGAAGAUUGGAAACAAUUUUUAUUCGAAUAUAUGGAAAAGACACAUGGCUCCUCCAUGAUGGAUAAGCUCAACACCAUUGAUUGGGAUGCUUGGAUCAACCAGCCUGGUAUGCCGCCUGUCGAUCCUGGAUUUGAUACAUCUCUUGCGGAUGCUUGUAUUGACUUGGCGAAACGUUGGAAUCAAGCGCGUGAUAAAGAAGAUCUUUCAGAGUUUUCUGGCAAGGACAUUCAAGACUUUACAGCUGGACAGAAGAUUGUAUUUUUAGAAAAACUCACCGAUGUUGCGCCUUUACCUCACCGUCUCAUCAAAAAAAUGGAUGAACUUUACCAGUUUACACCAAACCAUAACGCAGAUUUACGCUUGCGUUGGCAUCAGGUGUGCUUGAUUACCAGUUACGAACCUAUGUAUCCAGAGGUAGUCAAGUUCAUUACAGAACAAGGACGUAUGAAAUUUGUACGUCCGCUUUAUCGUCUGCUUCAUCAUGCCAAAAAUGGUUCUCAGUUGGCCGUCGAUACUUAUUUGAAGCACAAAUCGUUCUAUCAUCCCAUUGCCGCUCAGUUGAUUGAAAAGGAUAUUGGCUUGAUAUAA